AUGGCCGCACGUGCCGCUCCCGAGGAUCCGGCUAAGAAUUCUGUCUUCACCCGCUCCGAAAUCGAAGUCCUCCAACGCCGCUUCAUCGACCUCCUCCCCGUGCCGACCAACACAGCAUUCGGCGGCGCGGACCGAGACCCGCUCGCGGCGCUGGCGACGGGGAAGAUUGACCGAGCGAAGUUCCGCGAUUUGCUUGCUGAUGUGUUUGGGGUCGAUGAUUCGCUUUUGAUGGAUAGAGUGUUCAGGACCUUCGACACAGACGCAGACAACUACAUCUCCUAUGACGAGUUCAUCAAAGGCAUGUCAGUCUUCCUCAAAGGGCGGCUAGAGGAGCGGAGCAAGUUCUGUUUCCGGGUGUACGAUCUCAACGGCGACCGUUACGUGAGCAAGGAGGAAAUGUACCAGAUGUUGCGCAACUGCUUGGUUAGGGGCCAGGAGGAGGACGAGGACGGUGUGAAGGAUUUGGUGGAUUUGGUGCUGAAGAAGUUGGAUGAGGAUAGGGAUGGGAGAGUUAGUGAGGCGGAUUGGGCUGUGGCGAUUGGGAAAGAGCAGCUGCUUAUGGAGGCCUUUGGGCAGUGUUUACCGCGAGCGGGGGCUAUCACUGACUACCUGAGUCCCACCGUCAAGAUCGACGGCAUAGGGACAUCAAUCAAGCCGAGUGGGAAUCUAGCCGCUCCAUCACGCAGUGCACAUGCAGGGGGCCGCCUCCCCGGUCCCAUCGCCAACAGCACCAUGAGCAUCGCCAGCGAGCUCGCCACAGAAGCGGUGGAUGCCAUGCAACCCAUCCACUCCCAUCAUCAGCAUCCCGUCUCUAAACACGUCCACCCACACGCGCAGCGACCCAAGAGGAUUGUGGUGGCGCCGGCUGCGUCGAUACCGAAGAGGGACACGUCGGUCCCUAGGGGUGCAGCGGGAGGUGCCAAUCAGGCGGCGGGCGGUGGAGGAGCGUCAUCGCAGGCCACUCAGGUUCGAAGGCCAAAGCCUGUAGCUGCAUAG